AUACAUUGCGGCUUGUUGGGGGGGAAAGAAUCUAUUCUAGAAGCCAAAUGAAAAAGGAGAUUUAAUUUUAUGUUCUAAUCUUCACGUAACUAAAUGUUGUAGUAGCUGUCGUCAGUAAAUCUGUAACAUGGGUUGUGUUUUACAAUUUAUUGAUGAUCUUGAAAGCAACUGAAACUACAGAUGUUUGGAAGAAGAGUUGAACUCCCUGGUUCUUUUAUAACAGUUUUGAAUAGGGCGAUGCCGGUGAACACUUCUGAAAUUAUUGAUCUGCUAUGUACUGUAGCAGAAGAAGAAAGAUUGAAAGUUACCUUGAGUGAAUCUCUAAAAGGUGGACUCCUGACUGGUGGAGCGGCAGUAGUAGGUGGAUUAGCUCUUGGUCCUAUAGGAUUAGCAAUUGGUGGUACUUUGGGUGGAUGUGCAGCUGCUGUACUUGCCCGCAACAAAUUUUUACCUGCUGCUCAUGUUAUUGCUACAUUGCAGCCUGAAAAACGAGACAGGCUUGUGCAAAAAGUUAAGAUUAUUAUGGAUGGAAUUGAUGUGACAGAUGUUGCUUAUUUUGCUGCAAUGAUAUCUGGUAAUGCUGCAUUGAGGAACAAAGUAGUAUUUGCCUUAAUUGAUUACCUAAGGACUGAAAUGUGUAUGGCCAUUGUUGAUCAUUGACGAGGAACUGAUAACUUUUGUCUGUAUUUUAGAACAAAGUGUGAUCCAAAGAUUUUUCACAAUGAAAGCAGAUAAUAAGUAAUUUGACUUACAGGAAGCAAGCAUUCUUACUUUAGCAUUCAGUUUUCCUCUCUUCCCUGAAAUAAUGCUUGCUUCUGAUGCAUUUGCUGGUCUAUUUCUUGUCUGCUGACAGGGACUACUGACAAAUAAUUGAAAACAUCUAUGCAAUAUACUUGACGGAUUUUUCCCCCCAACUCCCCUGCAAUUUUUGAUAAAAGAAAGAAAAUGAAAUGUACAAUAUAUGUUUAUGAGUGGAUAUGUGCUAUUUUUUUAAAAUAUAUAUUAUGAUAUUAAGAGUUAUUUGUUGUGAAUGAGAUUUUUGUUAAUUGUUCGUUUUGGCGAUUACAAGUUUUAAUUGUUGCUUUUACAUUGAAUGAAAUCAUUAAGCUCUAGAUUCUGCGAAAAGCUUUACCUACUUUAAUUUAUGGCUAUAAAUUGAAAAAAAAAAAAAUGCACAAUAGUGCACCAGUAUUCAUUUCUUAAGUAUUUAGUUGGAAUAAAACUAAAACACAAACUUGAAAAAAAAAAUUUGAUUUUUUUUUUUUGGUUGUUUCUUUCUUUCUUUUUUGCAAA